AUGCGUCAACCACACGGUAGCAAACUUGAUGUGAUGGAUGUUAGUGAUGAAGAAGGUGCAAGGUGUUGCAAGGAACUUGUCAGCCAUUCGGCCAAAUUCAUGGCACUUGCAGCUUUGAACAGCGAUGAUGAGACCGACUAUUCGUUUGCGAACAACGAUGUUGUCAAGAUUGUGCCAUAUUGCAUUACGACAUUGGCUUUUCUUCCCCGAGCUGACCGAGUCGUUGUAGCCUAUGGGGAUAAAGAGGGUCAUAUUGCCUUCUGGUCGCCUUCUAGUGAUACCAGCAGCUCGUCAUCGGCAAUAUCGCGACCGCACGGAUAUCCUGUCACCCAAAUGAUCUUUCCCGACCCGUCAAAGUUGAUUUCCAGCAGCAUUGAUGGCACCGUGCGUGAAUUUGACCUUGGCGCCGCAACAUUUUCGUUAUUGUGUGAUAUCAGCGAUGAAACCGGGAUCACUUCGCUGAUUGGAUCAGGUAGUCCUCAAUUCUAUUACGCCAGCUGUGAGGAUGGUACUUUACGCCUAGUUGAUCGCCGAGCGCGAAAGGCGCACGGUAUCAAGCUUGCGCUGCAUAAGAAACGGAUCAACUCCGUGGAUCAGCAUCCAAGUCUCGACUUCUACGUGACAACUGCUUCACAUGAUGGCACCGUGUGCUUAUGGGAUAAGCGCAAGAUCUCUUCUGAGAGUUGCAUUCCUCUGACAAGACUGCAUCAUGGAAACUCCAUGUAUUCAGCACACUUUUCUCCAAAUGAUGGAUCUUGGCUAGUGACGGUGGCCCAGGAUUCCUACAUCGAUAUGUACGACACGUCAAGUUUUAUCAAGUGCAGAGUUUCCGAUGCUCCAGUUGCAUUACCUCAAUCAAUUGGCAUUCCACAUACAACUUGGACAGGCACAUCCACAAAACUUCGUCCAUCGUGGGACCCAAAGCGAAUCAAUCGUUUUGUGAUAGGAAGUUUCAAUCACAAUCCACCACUUUCUCCACCACCCGUUACGUCUUUGCGUCGUUCCUCACGUCGUCGUCUGAAUCCCGUUCCAAUUGAAUUGAUACGUGACGAUACAAGUAAAAUAUGCGACAAUAAUACAGAUAAGGACCAUGAUCGUAGUGAUCAAUCAGGCUUAACCGACUAUGAACGUAAACGUCGUGAGAAUAUACAGCGGAAUUUGGCUUUUAUGCAGCAAAUGGGUGUCUCGACGGCGAAAAUUGCAGCAAGAACAGCAAUUGACAAUGUUUUUCCACCUGCAAUUGAUAGAGUCAAGAAACAAGAGCCACAACGAAGUGUUGAUCGAGCAAUACAAGCAGCAAGAAAAGCAGAUCGAAGAAGAGCUCAACCGGUUCGAAAAUCAAGACGUCUUGAGGGUAAAAACGUCGAGAUGCAGCCGAUUGAAUUAAUUGAUCAAUUCGAGAUGGAACAGACACGAGGACGUUUGUUUCGAAGUAAAGACCGUCAUGUGUCUCGUCGAGAGAGUUAUCUUCAUGUUAUGGAUGCAAUGGAUAGAGAGAGUAAAUGUUUCUUAGGAGGUAUUACAGCAGAUGUUCUUGAUGAAGAAGACGUACUAGAUAACGACAUGAACUUGGAAGACGAGGAUCGAGUCGACUACGUCUUGGCAAAUGAUGAUAUUAUCAAGGCAGUGCAAGAACGGAUUUACUCGGUGGCUUUUUUACCACGGACAGACCGUCUUGUGGUUGCAUGUGGAGAUAAAAUGGGUCAUGUGGCUCUAUGGACACCAUUGAAAGGAACGGAAGUAAAGCAAGAGAACGCGGUCGCACCACUUGUGGUAUACAGACCUCACUACAGUCCAGUGAGCCAACUGAUCUUUCCUGACUCGUCUAAACUUGUCUCAAGUAGUUUUGAUGGAACUGUGCGGGAAUUUGACCUGCGUGCUGCAGAGUCAUCGGUCGUGUAUGAUACAAGCGACGAUGCCGGUAUUUCAUCGCUUGUAGUCGCCGGAAUGGCGCAGUGCUAUUAUGCAAGCUGUGACGAUGGCACAGUUCGACUAAUUGAUCGGCGCGCGCAAACGGUGCAGGGCUCGAGCUAUCAACUGCACGAAAAGAAGAUCAACACUGUGCACCAGCACCCAAGCUGCGACGUAAUCGUGGCAACAGCUUCCUUGGACCGCACAGUGUGCCUGUGGGAUGCUCGUAAAUUGUGCUCAACGAAAAGCACGCCGCUCGUAACGUUACCACACUAUCGUAGUGUCAAUUGUGCCUACUUUUCACCUCGAGAUGGCGCAUGGCUAGUGACGGUAGGCCAGGACUCGUAUAUCGACAUGUUUGACACCUCAAGCCUUGUAGAGGGUAAAGCGUUGAAUAAUAAGUCUACGAUUACCCUGCCGAGCUCAAUUCGUGUUCGCCACAACAACAUGACAGGACGGUGGCUCACCAAGCUUCAUGCAGCUUGGGAUCCCAAACGACCAAAUCAGUUUGUGAUCGGCUGCAUGGAGCAGCCGCGACGAAUUCAGAUCUUCCGUGCAGGCCGUCGCCGUCCCGUCAGUGAGCUGAUGAGCGACAACUUUGCUUCGGUUCACUCUAUCAAUGCUUUUCACCCUCAUCUUGAGCUCAUUGCAGGUGGUAAUUCUUCCGGUCGUCUCGCGCUAUGGCGUGGCAAGAAAACACAUAAAGGCGACGAUGUCAAGGCCGAGACCCAUGUAAAAACUGAGUAA